AUGGGGAACGCAGGCCGGAAGUUCAUCGAUCUCAUCAGACAAUCCACAGCGAAGUGGGCCAACUGGGAUCCACCUAUACCCAUACAAGUCGGUGCAUACGGCAGGCUGAAUACUGAGACGGGCGAAUUGGACAUCGAAGGCAACAUCUAUGAUUCGGAAUUCCAGAUCUUGUUGGAUAGGGUGGACGGGAAACUGAGGCUAGCGGAUUUCCCUCCUCAGAUCGGUGCCGUGGAGGGCGACUUUAUAGUGUGUACGAUGGGUGUUCGGCGGAAUGAUCUCAAGAUUGAUGGAGAAAUAAAUGUCAUUGGUCUCGGCCAAGCAUCUAUCAAAGGAGAGUGGCAGUUUCAGCAUGGCAAGCGUGGUGCCCUCUUGAUCAUGCACAAUCCGAGACAAGAAUACGUUCCGCGCGGCAGGGUUUUGGAGGCGCUGUACAAGGUCCCAGAGCUCAAGGACAUGCACAUCGUCAACUCGAUUUUCAAAUGUCCCGCCUACACUCUAUACCUUUCGGACAAAAGUGGAGAGAAGAUUUCCUUAGCACUUACUCCCAGCGGGAAUGCAACUGAGCCCGAGCAGUGGUGGUCAGAUACGAAUGCAAGCCUGCUGCGGAAGGGGCAUAACAAAGAUUAUAUGUUCACGCCCUUGUAUGGGCUCAAGCGCAAGUUGCCACUGAUACGACGUCUCAUGCGAGACUCUCCUAUACCCGAUCCCGAAGGUGAUGACUUCUGGGUAGACGUGCAUAUACCAUGGGAUCCCUUGGAUGAGGAUGGCGAUGAAGAGUAUUCAGUAGAGGUAUGUCGUGACUUUUGA